AUGGCAGACGUAGAGCCGGUGUUCCUUGUUCCAUGCUACCUCAGCGACGUAAACUUUAACAACCUCUUAAUACUCAUAGGCUUCGUAUUUUUCGAGUUCGUGCUCCUCAUAGCGCUGUACAUUCCUGUCAAAAUGUUUGGCGGCUUCCAAGAGCUUCUGCUGGCCGGUACCACCAUUUACUACAUGGUACUGCACAUCCUGACGUACAUUCCUCUGCAAUUCUUCUUAAUACGGGCAGCCAUCAGCUUUCUGCUCAUGAUAGCCGUGAUGGUGUUCUCCAAGAAUGAAAAGCUUUACAAUCUGUUCACUGCGAUCGGAUCGGCAUACAUCGUUUCGUACAUGAUUGUUUUACUGCUCAAUAUGCCCAGGAUACUUCUGUUUUUACCGCUCAUAGUCGUUGCAUUUCUUGGAUUUGUGGUGUUUAAGAAGGUGAAAAGGGAGAUGCACCAUGCGGUGUGCAAGGCUAUUUUGACCGGUUUUAUGUUGGACGUGAUAAUUGACAAUCUGUUUCCAAUCGAUUACAUGGAGAACUCGCAUUUUGAUGGCACUACGUUGAAAUAUGGCAAUAAUUUGCUCACGAUCGUAACAUUUGUGCUCGGCGGGGCGCUAAGCUUUGUGUGGACGUGCUACCGUGAUGCCUUCAUGGAGAAGGUUAAAUCGUUUAGGAAGAAGUAA